CACUUCAGGUGAGUGCUGCUGGUGCCCAGGGCUCCCUGGGGCACUGCAGGUGAGUGCUGCUUGUGCCCAGGGGUCCCUGGGGCACUUCAGGUGAGUGCUGGGUCAGAGGGGAUCACUGGUGACACUUCCAGGUCAGUUCUGGGUCAGAGGGGAUCACUGGUGACACUUCAGGUGAGUGCUGCUUGCCCUCAGGGCUCACUGGUGGCACUUCCAGGUCAGUUCUUGGCCACAAGGCUCACUGGUGGCAAUUCCAGGUCAGUUCUCCUGUCCCAGAUGGGUUCAGUGGUGGCAAUUCCAAGUGAGUUCUCCUUGUAGCACUUCCAGGUGAGUUCCUGCCCAGAUGUCUUCAUUUGUUCCAAUUCCAGGUCAGUUCUCCUUGCCCAGCUGGGCUCAGUGGUGCUAAUUCCAGUCAGUUCUUGACCAGAGGGAUCAGUGGUGGCACUUCUAGAUCAGUUUUCCUUGCCCAGAUGGGUUCAAUGGUGUCACUUCCAGGUCAGUUCUCCUUCCCCGUGUGGGCUCAGUGGUGGCAAUUCCAGGUGAGAUCUCCUGGUGGCACUUCCAAGUCACUUCCUGUGACAAUUCCAGGUCACUUCUCCUUGCCCAGAUGGGUUCACUGGUGGCAAUUCCAGGUGAAUUCUCCUUGCCCAGCUGGGCUCAGUGGUGCUAAUUCCAGUCAGUUCUUGACCAGAGGGAUCAGUGGUGGCACUUCUAGAUCAGUUCUCCUUGCCCAGAGGGGCUCAACUGGUGGCAAUUCCAGGUCAGUUCUUGUCCAGGUGGGAUCAGUGGUGGCAAUUCCAGGUCAGUUCUCCUUGUGGCAAUUCUAGGUGAGUUGUGCUUGCCCAGAGGGUUCAGUGGUGACAAUUCCAGGUCACUUCCUGUGACAGUUCCAGGUGAGCUCACUGGUGGCACUUCCAGGUCACUUCUGUGACAAUUCCAGGUCACUUCUCCUUGCCCACUGGGCUCAGGGCUGGCCCUGCAGGAGGAAAGCAGAGUGAGUGAUUUCUGCGACCCCAAACCUGCAAGGAUUCACAGCUUUCCUUAGGGGGCAUUUUUCACCCCCAAAUCCAUCAGUAAAGCUGAUUUUCCAUAAAUAAAAGCUUUAGAACUCCCCAGUCUUUUUUUUUCUGUUUGCACCAUCACCAACCCAUCAGUGUUUUCAUAAUUAAUUGGUUAAUUAGAGGUGUUCUGCUGCUCUUUCAGGUACCUGAUUGAUGUUGAAGGCAUGGAGCCAAAUGCUGCCAUAGAGUUGUUCAACACAGCCCGAGGGCACCGCAUGGAGAGAAGGAACUACAUCCAGGACCUGCAGAGGAGGGCGCCGGGGAACACCAGCAGUGCCAGGCAGAGGCAGGGACAGCAGAAACAGCUGGAGAUAGAACAUCUGGAGCAGAGGAAACACAAAAAGCUGGAGCAGCAGGAGCAGAAACAGCUGGAGAUAGAACAUCUGGAGCAGAGGAAACACAAAAAGCUGGAGCAGCAGGAGCAGAAACAGCUGGAACAAGAACAUCUGGAGCAGAGGAAACACAAAAAGCUGGAGCAGCAGGAGCAGAGGAAAGAGAAGAAAAAAAAACACCUGGAGCAGAAUCAUCUGGAAAUAGAGCAGCACGAGCAGGGGAAGCAGGAAAAGCUGGGGCAGAGGAAAAAGAAAAAGCUGGAGCAGCAGGAAGAGAAUCAUGUGGAAAUAGAGCAUCUGGAGCAGAGGAAACAGAAGAAACAGAAACAUCUGGAGCAGAAUCAGCAAAAUUACCUGGAGCAGAAUCAUUGGGAACAUCAGGAGCAGAGGAAGCAGAAAAAGCAGAAACACCUGGAGCAGGAAAAGCAGAAUUACCUGGAGCAGAAUCAUCUGGAAAUAGAGCAGCUGGAGCAGGGGAAAAAGAAAAAGCUGGAACAUCAGGAACAGAAUCAUGUGGAAAUGGAGCAUCAGGAGCAGAAGAGGCAGAAAAAGCUGAAACCUCUGGAACAGAAUCAUCUGGGGACAGAGCGGCUGGAGCAGAGGAAGCAGAAAAAGCUGGAACAUCAGGAGCAGAAUCACCUGGAACAGAAAAAACUGGAGGAGCUGGAGCAGAGGAAGCAGAAAAAGCAGAAUCAGGUGGAGCAGAAUCAGCUGGAGCACAGGAGGCAGAAAAAACUGGAACAUCCUGAGCAGAAGAAGCAGAAUGAUCUGGAAACAGAGCAUCAGAAGCAGAGGAAGCAGGAAAAUCUGGAACAUCAGGAGCAGAGGAAACAGAAGAAAAAGAAACAUCUGGAGCAGGAAAAGCAGAAUUACCUGGAGGUGGAACAUGAGGAACAGAGGAAGCAGAAAAAGCUGGAACAUCAGGAGCAGAAGAAGCAGAAAAAGCUGGAUAAGAGGCAGCAGAAUCAUCUGGGACAGAAUAAUCAGGAGCAGAAAAAGCAGAGCCACCAGGAGCGGGAAAAGCAGAAUUAUUUGGAGCAGAAUCAUCUGGAGAUGGAGCAGCAGGAGCAGGGGAAGCAGGAAAAGCUGGGGCAGAGGAAAAAGAAAAAGCUGGGGCAGCAGGAGCAGAAUCAUCAGGAGCAGAGGAAACAGAAGAGACAGAAACACCUGGAGCAGCAAAAGCAGGAUUGUUUAGAGCAGAAUCAUGUGGAGACAGAGCAGCAGGAGCAGGGGAAAAAGAAAAAGCUGGAACAUCAAGAAAAGAAUCAUGUGGAGAUGGAGCAUCAGGAGCAGAGGAAGCAGAAAAAGCAGAAACACCUGGAGCAGGAAAAGCAGAAUUACCUGGAGCAGAAUCAUGUGGAAAUAGAGCAGCUGGAGCAGGGGAAAAAGAAAAAGCUGGAACACCAGGAACAGAAUAAUCAGGAGCAGAGGAAGCAGAAAAAGCAGAACCACCAGGAGCAGGAAAAGCAGAAUUAUCUGGAGAUGGAACAUCAGGAGCAGAAGAAGCAGAAAAAGCUGGAUAAGAGGCAGCAGAAUCAUCUGGGACAGAAUAAUCAGGAGCAGAAAAAGCAGAGCCACCAGGAGCGGGAAAAGCAGAAUUACCUGGAGCAGAAUCAUGUGGGGAUAGAGCAGCAGGAGCAGGGGAAAAAGAAAAAGCUGGAACAUCAGGAAAAGAAUCAUGUGGAGAUGGAGCAUGAGGAGCAGAGGAAGCAGAAGAAACAGAAACAUCCUGAGCAGAAUCAUCUGGAACAUCAGGAACAGAGGAAGCAGAAAAAGCAGAAACAUCAGGAGCAGAAUCAUCUGGAAAUAGAGCAGCAGGAGCAGGGGAAGAAAAAGAAACAGAAACAUCAGGAGCAGAAUCAUCUGGAACUGGAACAUCAGGAGCAGAACCGUGAGGAGCGGGGGGCCCUGGAGCUGCCCCCCAGGAACUGCUGCCUCUCCCCACCGCCCAGGAAGAAGAAGAAGCAGCAGCAGGACGUGUCCUGAGCCAGGAGAGCCCCGCGGAGCUGCCAGGCAGCGGGUUUUUUACAAAAAUCAGGUUUCCUUCUGGUUUUUCUCUCAGCUCUGGUGCCUUUGCAGAAUUUUUCACUCGGUGCUGUGGGGGUGCUGAGUGACCCCACAUGAACAUCCUCAGGCCCUGCAACAAAACCGGCUUUUGUUAUUUCCUCAGGGCAGGGCGAGGAAAGGACUCGAAAACUCAAUUUUUAUCCUUUUUUACCCGUUUUUUGCUCACGGGUGACAUCAGCGGCGUUUUCACCCGCGUAAAACAUUUCUACUUUUGCUAAAGUAAAUUUCCACGCUGUGCAAACCCCA